AACAACAAAAAUUAUGGCAAUAAUACCCGUACUUAACGAAGACACGUCCGUCCUAUGGGAACGGAUCAACCAGAAAGUAGAAGAACCUCGAAGUCAACGCCGUAUCAUAUUAUUCAUAGUAUGUGUAGCCCUACUGUUGGACAAUAUGUUGUAUAUGGUAAUUGUGCCCAUAAUACCCGACUAUUUGCGGGCCAUAGGAGCCUGGACUACACAUCUGGAGGAUGCCGAAAUCGAGUACCGUAAUGUGUCCAACAAAUACGUACCCUUCCGUGUGGGCGGUAUUACCGUUUACGAGGGCGAAGAUUCRGCCGUCGGUAUGCUGUUUGCAUCGAAAGCAUUGGUACAGUUGUUUAUCAAUCCGUUUAGCGGCCAUAUCAUCGACCGUAUCGGUUACGACAUACCGAUGAUGAUUGGGCUGACUGUUAUGUUUUUCUCAACUGCACUGUUCGCCUGCGGCCAAAGCUAUGGACUAUUGUUUUUUGCCCGCAGUCUCCAGGGUGUCGGAUCGGCAUUUGCCGAUACUGCCGGUCUGGCCAUGAUUGCCGACCGGUUUACCGAAGAUCAGGAACGUCAGCGGGCUCUGGGUAUUGCACUGGCAUUCAUAUCGUUCGGCAGUCUGGUUGCCCCGCCGUUUGGCGGCAUUCUCUAUCAGAUAGCCGGCAAAGAAGUGCCGUUCAUCAUACUGUCGCUGGUCUGUCUGGUCGAUGCCGUACUCUUGAAGUUUGUUAUGCGACCCGUUAAGCAACAGAUUAAGGACAGUGGUGUCCAGCGGCCAACAGGCGGUACACCUAUCUAUCAGUUGCUAAUGGAUCCGCAUAUUGCUUGCUGUGCCGGCGCACUGAUUAUGGCCAACGUUUCCCUCGCUUUUCUCGAACCAACCAUAUCGUUGUGGAUGGAAAACACAAUGACCGACAUCGAAGAAUGGCAAAUGGGUCUGAUAUGGUUACCGGCUUUUUUCCCGCACGUACUCGGCGUCUAUACGACCAUCAAAUUGGUCGAGAAAUAUCCGAAAUACCAGUGGAAAAUAGCGGCCGUCGGUCUAGCCCUGGAGGGUGUGUGCAGUUUUUUCAUACCGUUUGCCGAAUCGUUUUGGUUUCUCAUAUUACCGAUAUCGGGCAUCUGUUUCGGCAUAGCACUGGUCGAUACUUCAUUGCUACCGACACUCGGCUAUCUGGUCGACGUACGCUAUGUCUCAGUUUACGGCUCUAUCUAUGCCAUUGCCGACAUAUCCUAUUCCCUGGCCUACGCUGUCGGACCGAUAAUUGCCGGCACUGUUGUCGAAACCAUUGGUUUUCUAGCCUUGAACAUCUGUAUAGCCAUAACCAACCUUAGCUAUGUACCAGUGCUGUCAAUGUUGAGGCAUAUCUACGAUUAUAAGCCGUUUGAAGGCGAAAACAUUUCGAUGACCGAACAGCCGACGGCAACAAACAAACGACUGUUUCCGUCGGGUCACGACAAUAACAGYCGACAGCAGCAGCCGUUAGGCCARCAGACCAAUGCCAUUAGUAACCAGAAUAUCGGUGGUGCCGACAGUAUAUAYCAACAACAACAACAACAACUACAGCACCAACAGUUGACUAAUACCAGUGCACACCCACACCAAUACCAUCAACAACAACARCARCAUAAGUCCUAUACAAUGGAAGAAGAGGAUCCCUGGGGUGACGGGGGAUCAGYCGGAGGUCAGCCGCCGCCGACACCGGCGCCAACCAAACKUAAUCCAUUUGUUAGCAAUAGUAGUGACAACAACACCAACACAACAAACCGGGAUCUGUGUUCAAAUGGUUACGUAACCCGUAAUCAAUGACCAUAAUA